UUUAUGUGAGUAAUUAAAAGAAUUUGAGUUAAGUGCCCAUAAGAGCUAAUUUGGAAUUAAAGAGUAAUAUAAAAAAAUAGUGGAAUCGGAUCAACGAAUUCAGAAGAGAACAGUGGAAAAGAAAUGGAAAGACGCUCAUGAUUUGCAGCGUUGCCAUAUCAUUCGAAUCGCGUUCUCCCUUCCCCUCAUAUAUACUCUUUUAUACUGAACGCGUAUUUGCGCAUCUGCCCCGCUUGUUCUACUGCGCAGCUUGCUUGGCUGCUGCUAUUCAGUGCUCAUCGUUCUGACCAUCGCAGUUCAGUCGUUCAUAGCUUAUGCUCGUGUGGAGAUUAGGGUGUGAGACGUGAAGCGUGUUCUCCGCCUAUCUUUAUCUUUUAUUCUUUUUUCUCUUCCUCUGUCGCUCACCGCUCUUUCCACGCCUCUAACUAUUUGUAUUGCGUACACUAUAGUACGCGCACAGUGCGCGGAACUUUAGUUAUUCGUUAAAUCGACAGUCGAAGCUCAUUUACUACAAAGAGUGAUGAUUUUGUUAUCGUCGAUUAGUGGUGUGCUUUUUGAAAUGUAAUAAUAAUGUGACACGCGACGUAGUUGAAUAUAAUCUAACGAGGCAUAACGAUCAAUAUCCGCGUUCUGAUAGUUUUUGGUGGAUGAUUUUUGGUUAUUAAAACGAGUUAAGUUUCCCUUUAGAUAUUUUUUCUUUUUCGUUGAAUUGUGUGAUUUGAUGCGAGGUAAUUAAAGCGUUGCUGUUGAUAACAGGACCACCAUCUCCGACAAUUAGCAACUCCAAUAACGAUAGCACAGAAGUUAUAACAACGGCUUCAAAAUGAUGGGAAAGCGCACGCAGUGCUAUCUCUGCGACCUUCCGCGCAUGCCCUGGGCCAUGAUAAUGGAUUUCUCGGAACCGGUCUGCCGGGGUUGCGUCAACUACGAAGGUGCCGACCGUAUCGACCUCGUCUUAGAAUCUGCAAAGCAGUUAAAAAAGGCUCACGGCUUUCAGGAUGCACGACCAUCUGUGACGAAAGCUUAUCGUGCGAGCUCUCAUGCAGAGCAUAAUGGUGCUGCGGGACUCGAUGUCUUGCCGAUGCAAAGCGUCGCAGCGGCUGCUGCUGCCGUUGCUCAGAGUCACUCGCGACAUCAUGGCAUAUCCUCUGCCACUACAGGAUAUCCUCAGCUUCAUCAUCGUAAUUCCAUCAACGAGUUUAACCCAAGUUCAAGACAACAGCAGCAACAACAAACACAACAGCAACAACUUACUGGCCGCCAGCAGCAGCAGCAUGAUGAGGCACAUGAACUAGGAAACGGGCUCAGAACAGGAGGUGUACAACGUAUUUCGAACGCCCACCUUACAGCGGUUGCGCAUCACGUAAGCCUGGGUCACGGGCGCGGCAUUGGUCAACUUAAACGUGGCAUCUCUGCUUUGGAAGACGAUGAACACUCAGAGAAGCGGCUUCCGUUAGAGGAACAGCAGCAGCAGCAUGCAGGUAGGCCACCGCUUACACGAGGCGAGUCCCUACCGGCGGUGAGUCUUGCUGUAGGUUACGUUGAACGAGCUAAGGACAAGCACCCGAUCAGGGCACCCAGUUUUGAAACGGCAACGACUUUCAAGGCCAACGGAACCUACGUUGGGCCUUCAAUUCCCUUAGCGCCUGCUAAUGUAGCGACGAAUGGUGGCGGUUCCCCGCUUCGUCCCAGAACGAGUCCACCCCCACCACCGCCACCAUCUUCUCAGGAAUCAUCACAAGAAAGCCAGCAGUCGAAUCAUCAUCAAGGUACAGGAAGUGGUCCGUCGCCGAUGGCUGCAUUGAUGUCCGUUGCCGAUAACCUAACAUCUCCAGAGCCGAUACCACAGCCACCGAAUAAUCCAAGCCCAACCAGUCGAAGUCCGCCGACGACUGCCGCGAAUGCACAACAGCGAAGUGCAUCCAGAGGCUCACAGCAUAGUCCUAAUAGCUCAGGUUCUUCGGGCAGAAGGUCAAGCGGCUCGCGUCACGUAUCUUCGACAACAGUAACAACGUCAUCCGAAGGUGCGGUAGCACAGUCGGCUGGAGUUGAACCAACUGCUGCUCCUACUCUUAAGUGUACGCUCUGUCAGGAACGUCUCGAAGAUACGCAUUUCGUACAGUGUCCAAGUGUGCCACAUCACAAAUUUUGUUUCCCUUGCAGCCGAGACAGUAUCAAGCGCCAGGGUGCCGGUUCAGAAGUUUAUUGUCCGAGUGGUGAAAAGUGUCCUCUGGCUAAUAGUUCGGUUCCUUGGGCCUUUAUGCAGGGUGAGAUAGCGACAAUCCUUGGCGAUGACACUGUGAGUACAGGUCUCAAGGUGAAAAAAGAACGCGAGACUUAAGAGCAGUAGGAAUGAUAAUUCAAGUGGUUCUAGGAUUAAAUUCUGAUGUUCUUUGAUGAUGUAAAACAAUUUACGUUACUAUUGUUUAAUCUGGGGUACGACUUUUAAUGACAUGCGCUCUUAUCGAAUAAGUCGUAUUGUCAUAUAAUUGCUAUAUCUUUAGUGGAAUAUAUGAGGAAAAAUCGAAUGGAAAUUUAUAAAUCGAACGAUCGCUAGCGACGAAUGAUGAAAAUCUGGCUUUAUGUGAUGUGCUGUAAUAAAAUAAGAUUAUUUUGCCGUAACAGUUUUUAAUAUUUUUAUGUCG